GCCGCCGUCCUGCCGGGGCCGGAGUUGGGGGGAUGUCCUUGGCCUUCCCUGUGGGCCGGAGGCAAAUCCCCUCCCUGUCCUUCUUGCUUCCUACCCCAGGCCCCGAGCUGAGGACGGAGAGCCCGGAGGACAAAUCCCCCCGUGAGACCCUGGUGGGAGAGGCCGUUUUGAAGGGCUCCCCGGCGCAGGAAGGCAGCGGGGAGGAAAAGGGCCGGAGAUCCCCCCACAGGAGGGGCUCCAAAGCCAGCCCAGGGUGCUCUGAGGAGGAAAGAGCCAACCUGUGCUGGGAAGGCGGCCGGAGCUUGAGCGGGAGCUCUGAGCUGGUGGUCCCUGAGCAGCCUCCCAGCAGGGGGAAGCCCUUCAGGUGCUUGGAAUGUGGGAAGACCUUCAGCAGGAGCAACACCCUCCUCACCCACCAGCACAUCCACACUGGGGAACGUCCCUACCCGUGUGGUCAGUGUGGGAAGAGCUUCAGGCAAAGUUCCAACCUUAUCCAACACCAGCGCAUCCACAGUGGGGAAUGGCCCUACACAUGUAGGGAAUGUGGGAAGGGCUUCAGUGACAGCUCCAACCUCCGUACCCACCAGCGCAUCCACACUGGGGAACGUCCCUACAAGUGUGGGGAAUGUGGGAAGAGCUUCAACUGCAACUCCAACCUCCUCAGCCACCAGCGCAUCCACACUGGAGAACGUCCCUACAGGUGUGGGGAAUGUGGGAAGAGUUUCAGACACAGCUCCACCCUCCACUCCCACCAGCACAUCCACACUGGGGAACAGCCCUACACGUGUUGGGAAUGUGGGAAGAGCUUCAACUGCAGCUCCAACCUCCUCAGCCACCAGCGCAUCCACACUGGGGAGCGGCCCUACACAUGUGGGGAAUGUGGAAAGAGUUUCAGUGACAGCUCCAAUCUUCACGCCCACCAACGCAUCCACACCAAGGAACGGCCCUACACAUGUGGGAAAUGUGGGAAGAGGUUUCAGACCAGCUCACAUCUCCUCAGACAUGAGCGGACGCACACGGAUGAGAGGCCCUUCCGCUGCACCGACUGCGGGAAGGGCUUCAAGCAGAACUCCACCCUCCUCACCCACCGGCACAUCCACACCGGGGAGAGGCCCUACAAGUGUGGGGAGUGUUGGAAGAGCUUCACCGACAGCUCUACCUUGACCAAACACCAACAGACCCACCAGUAAGGGAAGCCCUGUGAGUGCCCCGACUGCGGGAAGAGCUUCGGCCGUAGGACUGACACGCAACAAAGGUUUCAAAAGGUCUUCAGGAUUUUGAAUAUCUGCACUCCAACAUCAGUUUAUUCUUUUGAAUAUGUGUAACUUUAACCUCAUUUUAGUCUGAAAGCCAAAUUCACCACUACCCUGUUCCUCGAUAAAUGACCAGUUACACUGAAGCAAAGAGCACUGGAACCAGUGCAACAAGCCCCAGUCUGACUUUCACACCUGCCCACGUGUCCUGUUUUCUGCUGCUCUACAGACUUCCUUGUUUAAAAUACAAUGGAAAAAUGAACAGUUUUUGGGGUUGUUUUGGUUUUGGGCUCGGGUUUUUUUUUCCCUCACUGUUCUCAUUAACCUCAUUUCAAAUCUCUUUCAGUGUUUGAAGAUGAAUUAAAAUUUUGAAUGAUUUUUAAUGUUAAUGCCUUGACCAAAGUAUCAAAACAUGAAAAAUAAAAAAAAAAACAAACCACAAA